UUUAUGUUUGAUGAUAACAGUUUAAGUGCACAAAUAUAAACUUUUAAAAUGGCGACAGCACAAGAUCAGUGUGAAAUGUGCUUUGAGGAAACUCCAGUUGGAUAUUGCAAGACAUGUGGGCACAUUGGAGAAGCGUGUAUGGGAUUUCAUAAAAGAAGAAAGGCAUUUCAAAACCACACCGUCAAUAUGUAUGAAGAAGAUAUUGAAAAGGUGAAGAAAAUUAUGCGAGACUUCACUGAAGACUGUUGCAAAGAACAUCCGACUGAGAAAUCUAGUUUUCUUUGUAAAGUUCACGAUUGUGUGAUUUGUGUUCAAUGUAUACAAUCGGGACAUCUUUCAUGUGGAGAACAAGUUGUUGACUUACUAAAGGAGGCGGGAACGAUGCAUUGCGACAUAAUAAAUCAUAUGCACGAAACUUUAACUGAGCUUAGGGAUGCUUGUAUGUGUUUGAAGGAAGAAAGCAAACGUAAACAAGAAACAAGUCAACUGCAAGCUGAAGCAUGCUAUUCAGAUCUUGAUAGUUUGGAAACUAGACUGAAACGUUCCAUAGAAGAUAUAACUAGAAAUGAAAGAAAAGAAAUAUGCACAUUUCAAGACGAAAACAUCGAAGCAUUUUCCUGCAUUGCAUCCGUUUGCGAGAGAAACUUAGUUUUGGCUGAUGAAGAGGAGGAACAAAAUACAAAGUUUGUAAACAGUUCUUCUACUGGCCAGCUGUAUCUAAGGAGCAAAGCAUUUAAUAAGACAGUGUCGGAGGCCAAAUUGCAGAUGAAAGAACUUGAACACAAGAAGACUUUUAAAAUGUUUUGCCUCAAAGAUAACAAUGAAGCUCUAAACAGCUUGUUCGACAUUUUGAAAGACGUUUGCAGCAUCGAGGAGGAAGUUGAUGGCAGCGAUGACGGUAGCACUGUAACACACGUCGGCGGGAUCGCAGCUUCAGAUAAACACAAGAAAAGAAAGAUAAAAAGCGGUCAUGUGGAAGAGUUUCGUGUAAAGUACACCCUGAUGGGCCUCGCGAUAGGGAAACAAGGAGCGAACAUUAAGCAGGCAGAACAAGUAAAGGGGGUGACUUAUAUCGAUAUCAAUAAGAAGACAUGUACGUUCAAAGUCUACGGGAAGACGGAGGAAGUAUGUAAGCGGGCGCGAGAAAUGUUAGAGUAUGCAGAGGAAACUUACCAGGUCCCAAUGGAUCUUGUGGCCAGGGUGAUCGGAAUGAAGGGCAAGAACAUUCAAGACAUUGUCGACAAAUCGGGCAUAUUGCGAGUGAAAAUCGAUGGGGCUAAGAAAGGGGAUGAGUCGCGGCAGGACUGGCUUCAUCGGCAUGCGACGUUCACCUUUGUGGGUACUGUGAUGAAUAUUAGCAACGCGCAGAUGCUUUUGGAAUACAGCAUUGAUCACCUAAGGGAGGAUGAGAGACUACGCAAGGAAACACUGGCAAUCGACAAGCGAUUACGCAGCCAUUCCCGUAUCACCCCAUCUCACGGGAACGUUGGUGGAAAAGUAUCGACCAAAAAUCUAGAGCCCGAGAAAACGACCGUAGGAGAGUGAUUUGCGGUGAAAGGGGAAGUCACGCAGAUACGAUGUUGAAUGACUGCUUGAAGUUUGAGACUGUGCUGUGAAGUUUAAGAGUAAAAUUUCCCAUCAAUUUGCGAAUUUUAGGAAUAAUUUAUUAUCCUAGGCGAAAAUACAAUAAAAACAAAACUGGCAUUUUCAUAUUUCUUUACUCUUUACACCUAGCAUAGAUAUGCUUAAAUUCAAUCAUAGGCUAUUAAAAUGCCCACUAGUUGCUUAUCCAUAAAAGUUCGGUUCCUUCCGAAAACCAGCCAGAGCCGCCUAUGCACGGCAGGAUA